AUGACGGACUCCAAAUACUUCACCACCAAUAAGAAAGGAGAGAUUUUUGAACUGAAGGCUGAACUCAAUAAUGAAAAGAAAGAGAAGAGGAAAGAAGCUGUGAAGAAGGUUAUUGCAGCCAUGACUGUGGGGAAGGAUGUGAGCUCACUCUUCCCUGAUGUUGUGAACUGCAUGCAGACUGACAACCUGGAGUUGAAGAAGCUGGUCUACCUGUACCUGAUGAACUAUGCCAAAAGUCAGCCAGACAUGGCCAUCAUGGCUGUCAACAGCUUUGUGAAGGACUGUGAGGACCCCAACCCCCUGAUCCGGGCUCUGGCUGUCCGUACCAUGGGCUGCAUCCGUGUGGACAAGAUCACGGAGUACCUGUGCGAGCCCCUGCGCAAGUGCCUGAAGGACGAGGACCCCUACGUGAGGAAGACUGCGGCGGUCUGCGUGGCCAAGCUGCACGACAUCAACGCCCAGAUGGUGGAGGACCAGGGCUUCCUGGACUCCCUGCGGGACCUGAUUGCAGACUCCAACCCCAUGGUGGUUGCCAACGCUGUGGCUGCCCUGUCGGAAAUCAGCGAGUCACAUCCCAACAGCAACCUGCUGGAUUUGAACCCUCAGAACAUUAACAAGCUGCUGACAGCUCUCAAUGAGUGCACAGAGUGGGGCCAGAUCUUCAUCCUGGACUGUCUGUCCAACUACAACCCCAAGGAUGAUCGUGAAGCUCAGAGCAUUUGUGAGCGGGUGACCCCUCGGCUGUCUCACGCCAACUCUGCAGUGGUGCUGUCAGCAGUGAAGGUCUUGAUGAAGUUCCUGGAGCUUCUUCCCAAGGACUCUGACUAUUACAACAUGCUGCUGAAGAAACUUGCCCCUCCCUUGGUGACCCUGCUGUCUGGAGAGCCUGAAGUUCAGUACGUUGCCCUGAGGAACAUCAACCUGAUCGUGCAGAAAAGUGCAGAAGAACCAGGCUGGUGGCUUACUGAUCAAUCUGCAGAGCGCUGUGUGAGCACCCUGCUGGACCUCAUCCAGACCAAGGUCAACUACGUGGUGCAGGAGGCCAUCGUUGUCAUCAGAGACAUCUUCCGCAAGUACCCCAACAAGUACGAGAGCAUCAUCGCCACGCUGUGCGAGAACCUGGACUCGCUGGACGAGCCGGACGCCAGGGCUGCCAUGAUCUGGAUCGUGGGGGAGUACGCCGAGAGGAUCGACAACGCCGACGAGCUGCUGGAGAGCUUCCUGGAGGGCUUCCACGAUGAGAGCACCCAGGUGCAGCUCACCCUGCUGACUGCCAUAGUGAAGCUGUUCCUCAAAAAGCCUUCUGAGACACAGGAGCUGGUACAGCAGGUCCUCAGCCUGGCCACACAGGACUCUGACAACCCAGACCUGCGGGACCGUGGCUACAUCUACUGGCGCCUGCUCUCCACGGACCCCGUGACUGCCAAAGAGGUGGUGCUGUCAGAGAAGCCUCUCAUCUCUGAGGAGACUGACCUGAUCGAGCCCACCCUGCUGGAUGAGCUCAUCUGCCACAUUGGGUCUCUGGCUUCUGUCUACCACAAACCACCCAACGCCUUCGUGGAGGGCAGCCACGGCAUCCACCGCAAGCAUUUGCCGAUUCACCACGGCAGCACUGACGCUGGCGAUAGCCCUGUGGGCACCACGACCACCACGAACCUGGAGCAGCCACAGGUCAUCCCCUCACAGGGAGACCUUCUGGGUGACCUUCUCAACCUGGACCUGGGACCCCCAGUGAAUGUUCCCCAAGUGUCCUUGAUGCAGAUGGGUGCUGUGGACCUGCUGGGAGGAGGGCUGGACAGCUUGCUUGGCAGUGACCUUGGCGGGGGCAUUGGAGGAAGCCCGGCAGUGGGGCAGACCUACAUUCCCUCCUCCGUGCCAGCCACCUUUGCCCCUUCACCCACCCCGGCAGUGGUGAGCAGUGGACUCAACGACCUCUUCGAGCUCUCGCCUGGGAUAGGCAUGGCCCCUGGAGGAUACGUGGCUCCCAAGGCUGUUUGGUUGCCUGCAGUGAAGGCUAAAGGAUUGGAGAUCUCAGGCACAUUCAGUCACAGGCAGGGCCACAUCUACAUGGAGAUGAACUUCACCAACAAGGCUUUGCAGCACAUGACUGACUUUGCCAUCCAGUUCAAUAAGAACAGCUUCGGGGUCAUCCCAAGCACCCCACUGGCCAUCCACACACCUCUGAUGCCAAACCAAAGCAUUGAUGUCUCCCUGCCUCUCAACACCCUGGGACCAGUCAUGAAAAUGGAGCCUCUGAACAACCUCCAGGUGGCUGUGAAAAACAACAUUGAUGUCUUUUACUUCAGCUGCCUGAUCCCUCUCAAUGUGCUGUUUGUGGAGGAUGGCAAGAUGGAGCGCCAGGUCUUCCUCGCCACGUGGAAGGACAUUCCCAAUGAAAAUGAGCUCCAGUUCCAGAUUAAGGACUGCCACCUGAAUGCUGACACCGUCUCCAGCAAACUGCAGAACAACAACGUCUACACCAUUGCAAAGAGGAAUGUGGAGGGCCAGGACAUGCUCUACCAGUCCCUGAAGCUCACCAACGGCAUCUGGAUCCUGGCUGAGCUCCGCAUUCAGCCGGGGAACCCCAACUACACGCUCUCCCUGAAGUGCCGUGCUCCCGAAGUGUCCCAGUAUGUCUACCAGGCCUACGAUGCCAUCUUGAAGAACUAACAGGAGCUCAGCCUGUGCCUCACCCUGCAGGAGGAGGAGGGGGCAGAAAGGGGUCCCCAGCCAGCCCCUCCUUCACCACUGGCACAGGGGAGAAGCACUUGUAACUGGAAGCAGCUGUAUUCAUGUGUAGGGUUGCAGUCAGAGGCACUGAGUAAACAAAGGUAGCAAUUAGUGUCCACGUUCUAAUGAUGGUAGGGAGCAAACCCCCUUUGGUAUUUUUAGCAUCCAUGGAGUUUGGAACCACUGCUUCACCCCUCCCUCCCCUCUCACUCGCCGUCCGUCCUCGUGGGCUUCUCCCAUUCUGUGCCAACGUUCAGUGUUUUCUAAAUGGCUUUAGGUGUAGUUAGGGGUUUGUAAGAUAUUGCUCACUGGAGAGAACCCAAGCUCCAAGCACAUCUCAGCUCAUUAAAACAAGG